AUGCUUGGCAUUGGAGUUUUCCCAGUUAUGCUUUGCCUUAUUUAUAACCAUAUCGUGUAUGGGACCUGCGAAUUGAAGGAUUACCCUGAGAUGCUCGAGAAUAUUGUUGCUUGGGUACUUAACAAUUACGUUGGAGAAUAUCUGGAGAAUCUCAACACCGACCAACUUUCUGUUGCGCUCUUGUCAGGGCAAGUGGAAUUGGAAAACGUGCCAUUAAAGAAGAGUGCAUUGAGAAAGCUCGACUUACCUCUUGAAGUGAAAUCUGGCCUUCUUGGCAAACUCACCUUAUCGGUUCCAAUAACCCAUCUAAGGAGUGAACCAUGGGCUUUGAAGCUUAGUGAUGUACUUGUCAUCGUUGGUCCACCAACACCUGAUCGUCGAUAUGAUGUCGAGGCUGUGGAGCGAGUGGAACAACAGAAAAAGGAACAAAUGUUAGAUGAGCUGGAGCAACGGCAUAAGACGGAGCUGUUGUCUUACCUUGGGAUCUCGGUCCCAGCUUCUCAGGAUACUUGGUGGGGUGCAUCCUUGUUAUCGACGGUACUCAAUAAUAUUCAGGUAGAUAUCGCUAUUUCCACGUUUUUCGGUUACCUAUUUACCUUUAUGGACAAAAUUGCGGGCAAACUACAAAUGUCGGCAGUCGAUCGUCGAAGCUCCGAUGGCAAUUCAGACGAUGAACUUGAUCAGUCGUUUAUGUUUUCACUGGUCGAAUCGACAAAAAUUCUGUUGGCCAUUGGACGGAAGGAUAGCAAUGAGGAAAAUUCGGAGCCGAUGUUCAGGAUGCUGUACCGUCGUCGUUCACCACGUCUUACCGUACGACACAAUGUGGAGGGUAGUUUCCGUCCGGUUUCUAUAAUGUAUGAGGAAAAUGCUUUAAGCGGCUUAGCUAGUCUGUUUGCUGAUGAUCCCAAUAUGUUCACAACUAGCGAAAUUCUAAACGCUGGCAUACUCACGUCCAAUGCCCAACAAAUUACGGCUUUCGACUCCCAUGUGUUCGUGAAUUUGCAUAUACCAAAUGUUACGAUGGAACUGCGUCGUCGCGGAUGGGAUGAGGUGAAGCGUUCAUCGCCAGAGUGGGAAGCUGGAGAUCCUUUUGCCUGUCUCACGCUGCAGAAUGUGUCCAUAGGCUAUGUAGCCAGGGAGACUUACGUUUCAAAGAUCAAACUCGGUGUUGGUCAUCUUGAAUUAGGCGAUUUGAUGGAACGGACGGUAUAUCCAUUAUUGUCGACAAGAGGGACCUUUGCCAUUUCGAAAACUCUCUCGACAUCGUGCCCAGAUCUGUCCUCAACCCCAUCAUCUCAAGUGACUGUGUCGUCGUCAUUGCCGUCUCGUAGUUAUCUAGAAGAUUUGGCUUCGAUACACGCACCUCGUAAAGUAAGUACGGCAAUUGACGGAAAGCGAUCAGCAGAAGAGAGGGAGGCUACUAUGCUCAUUACGUUGGUGGACCCUAAACAUCCUCAGUUUGAGUCAAAGCACAUGAAGCUGAACAUCGAUUUUAUUGAUUUGCUUAUUUCCUCUCUCCACCGAGUACGCUGUCGACUGAAGAAUCAUGGUGUCUAG